AUGCAUUCAGAUGCAUUCGAUGUGAUUCCUUACGAGGACAUCAAAGGCGACUGGAAAACUCUUGGAUCUGGCUCGUUUGGCAAGGUUUACAAGGGCACUUAUCUUGGAAUCGACGUCGCCAUCAAGGAAGUCUUACCAUCUACUGAAUACGACGUGGCGAAAUACUUUGAGCGUGAAUGGCGUCUCAUGAAGGAAUCUCGCCAUCCUAAUAUCGUCCUCUUUCUUGGUCUCUCUCGUGCUCCCGAGCCAGACAAUCGCAUUUUCAUCGUCUCCGAGUUCAUAGACAACGGCAACCUGCGUCAUUACAUUCACGACAAGAACAAACCAUUCCCGUGGCGUCUUCGAUUGUCUUUUGCCACAGAUAUUGCCCGUGCGCUUGCAUAUUUACAUGCUCGAAAAUGCAUACAUCGUGAUUUGAAAGGCGAAAACCUGCUUGUCACCGCUAAUGGUCGUUUGAAGAUUACAGACUUUGGCUUUGCUCGGAUAGCUGCCCGAAGCGAAGACGAAUCCAAACGACUCACGUUUUGUGGAACCGAUUCGUACAUGUCUCCCGAAAUCCUCCUUGGAGAGGAGUUUGAUCUCCCUACCGACAUAUUCUCCUUUGGUAUCAUCCUCUGUGAGAUUUCUGCUCGCCGACUUGCGGACGACCAUCAUUUCAAGCGAGCCGCACCCUCUUUCUCCAUAGAUGCAGAUGAGAUCCGCAGUCUCGCUAAUCCAGGAUGUCCGCCUGACUUGAUAUCAUUGUGCAUUGAAUGCUGCUCUUCAAAUCCUGCCGCUCGUCCAACGACUCGUCAAAUUCUCGAGAAACUUCGUGUCAUCGAAGCGGAAGUCCUUUCUCGUCCUAACGAGGGAGAAGAUGUCAAUGUCGGAAGUAUCAAAUUCAUGACAGGUCACAAACGGCCAGGACCCCAACUUCGGAUUCCAAGCUUCGGGAUGGGAGUAGGGAAGGAUAUCAGGAACAGCGAAUCAUCAACUGAUGACAGUGAUGAUGAAGAUGAACUUAUGGAAGCGGUACAAGGACUUUCGGGUGUUGGGCUAAACAGUGAUUGGACUGAAGCACCUAACGGAAAAGAACCUCUACUCAAUGGCAAUGCUUCAGCGAUCUCAGAAUACAGUACUACCGUUGUUCGCGCUCAUCCCAAUCACGAUGGCAAUGGGACUCAGCCUCCUUCUUUGUCUUCUAUUCUUACUAUCCGUGCUUCCCCCGACCCCAAUGCAAUCAACAACCAAAUCUUACCUGGCUCUGAUCACUCACCGGAAGCUUCCACUAUCAUGGCAGAGCACCCUGCAAACGGAUCGGAUCUUCUAGGCCAUUCGUCUAUUCUUUCCAUUGAUUCGCUCGACUCUUACCAUACCGCUGCUGGGUCUAGCAUUAUUUCUAGCACGAUGGCCACCGAGGGUGGGUCUACCAUCAAAUCGCUUCACGGAAAUUACUCGGCUCCUCUUGUUCAUCGAUUCACUAUCCUGAAGCCGGGAGCAAAACCCACGAAGAAGAGUGGAAAUUCAACUCCUCCAACUAACGCACCAGUUGCGGAGCCGCUUUCGUGGAAUCCGUUCGAUCUAUUCUUCUCCGGUGGGUCAUUGGUCAGUAAAUGCGAUGUCUGUUCCAAGAGAUUUGGACCUUGGAAGCCCAUUCUAGAGUGUGAUGAUUGCGGACUCAAAGCUCAUGUUAAAUGCGGUGACGAUGCACCAAUCGACUGUGGUGUGCGCCCUGUACGUCCUCGAGUACAUCAUCAGCCCAGCAACUCGUUGGGAAAGCUCAAGUUUGGAAAGGGCGAGAAGACAGCUAGUCCACCCAGGUGA